GUCCCUCCGUCGUCAUUUGUUUCCUGGCAGCCAUUUUGGUCACCCUCGUAAACGCCCUUGUGUAUGCAGAGUUCGCCUCCCACGUUCCACAGACAGGGGCUUUGUACAUCUAUAUAUACAAGGUUGCAGGAGAGUUUGCUGGUUUUCUCUGUGGCUGGAUGCUCUUCAUUGGUGGCAUCAUGGGUGGCUCCGUUGGUGCGAGGGCUUGGAGCGGAAUGGUUGACUCUUUUUUUAAUAACUCUAUACAGGCAUACACAGUUGAUCAUUUAGGCAAACUCGAUUUUGGUUUGCCAUUUGCUGAGUCCCUGGAUGUUGUGGCAUUUCUCUUCCAGCUGUUCAUCAUCAUCAUUGUGUCCUGCAACGUCUUCUGCUCAUCAAUCGUCAACACCAUCCUUGGGUUUCUCACCACUUCUGUGCUCGUCUUCGUUUUCGUCGCCGGACUCACUUUCGGGGAUUCCAAAAACUUCCUGAAUGCCGACCAUGGGGGUUUCGCCCCGUUUGGAGUCUCAGGGAUAGUGAAGGGGGCCUCGCUUGCUCUGUACGCCACUAUUGGCUUUGAGGUUAUAGCUGUUUCGUCUGAGGAAGCCAAGAAUCCAUCCCGAGCUGUUCCCCGUGCUAUCAUUCUAGAGCUGAUUCUGGUUGCAGCUGUUUACUUGGGAGCAGCUAUUGGCCUCCUUUUUCUUUGCCCUUACUGGUUACUGGAUCUCCGAGCACCAUUACCGUCUGCCUUUGAGUACAGCGGGGUCAUAUGGGGCAAAUAUAUCGUGACGAUUGGCCCCCUGUUUGGAAUCACCAACCUGCAGAUGCUUGGACUCUAUGGAGCCUCAAGAAUCAUGUACCGCAUGGCUGUUGAUGGAUUGUUCUUCUCGUGGUUCAACAAGAUUGAAAAAAAAACGGGAGUGCCUCGUAACUGCGUAAUUUUUCUGGGAGUUCUAGUUGCUUUUUUCUCUCUUUUAUUUGAUUUGUCGUACGUUGUGAAGGUGAAUGUGCUGCUGUUGCUUCUAGGUUAUAUUGCUCUCGGCUCUGCCCUCAUCAAGUUAAAGGUUACAGAAGCUCUCAAAGUAGGGGAAAGAAGCACCUCUGUGAAGCAGCUGAAGAAUUUGUGUGACGAGGAUGGUGGCGGUCGACUUCCCCAAGAAUUUUAUGACCAUGAAAUGAUUAUACCCGAUGAAAACCAGAAUAGCGAAAAUUCAGUAGACGUAAAUACUUCAGCUCCUCCGUCUUUACGGUUUGAUUUAGCUAACGUGACCAACAGUAAUGAUGCGGCUCGUAAUGCCGUCGUUCACAAUUCAAACAUUGGUCAAGGCUCUUUUGAUGUCAGUAAUGAUUUCGGGCCUCGAAACAGCAGUUUGAACAACUUGAUAGAUGUAGGUGACAGUGACAGCACUAUGAGGGAAAUGGAAGAUGAAAUCACCGAGUACGAGAUGACACCGGCUGCUAGCAGUUUACAGGAGGAGGAGGAGGAUCCGCCUUCCCUUCCUGCGGAGGAUCUGGGACCUGCUCCAAACUUUGCUUCCGUCUCAGUCGGGCCCACACCCGAGGAAAUUCAUCUGAGCAGCAGACACGGAAGCGGAUUAAAACAGCGGAUGACGACCCGAGUGUCGAUGGUAGUCCCAGGUAUUCUAUCGGUGAAUGUUCUUCUUCUGUUGCACUUUGUCACCUGUUUCGCCCUGGCGGCACAGAUCAACUUCGGGUAUGAGGACUUGUUGGCAGGACAUCUGGUGGCCGUGGCCGGGCUGACCACUCUGGGCGUCUCUCUCCUGACCUUCUCCGUCCUGCUGGGGCUUCUGUGUGGGGAGGCUAGGACUUCAGGGUUCCAGACACCAUUGAUGCCUCUCAUUCCCACGCUGGCAAUUAUCUUCAGCUCUGUGAUGCUUUUGUCGGCCGGAGAGCUUAUGGGUCUCAUUGAAGUUUCUGUUCUUCUUGCCAUAGGCUCGGUGAUGUAUGUCAUCAUGAUCCUGAUGAGCGGCGACCCCCAGCUGAUGCAGGGAGGGGACAGCAGCGAACGGAGAGCCUUGUUCAACGACAGCGAGGAGGCUGACGAUGAAAUUGACGAGUCGGAUGAUGACAACUUGUGACUUCUGAUUUGUGAAGUUUGUGGAUCCUUACGUUUCGAUGUAGAAAAAUUGAUGUAUUAUUUGAUGGGACGAAAUGGAUUGAUGAGAUGGUGAUUUAUGAUUGUGAUGCUCCAUGGUUGAACUUUAGGGUUAACUGUGGAUUUAUGGUACUGCAGAAUGGUCCAAUUUAUAAUUAUCUAAUGUACUAUACAACUGAAUGCUCCAUAGACUUACUAUACAGCUGAAUGAUCCAAAUAUUUGACAUACUAUACAGCUGAAUGCUCCAAUUGAAUUAUUUGACUUACUCUUCAGAAGAAUGCUCCAAUUAUCUAAACAGGUUGAAGGCUGAGAAAUGGAAUGUCAAAUGUAAAAAA